CUGCUUCUGAUCCUUCUCUUCCUCUUAUACUCAGAAAACAUCUAAACCACUUCCCACACAAUCCAUCCCAAGUAACAAACCACACAUCUCGCCCACCAUGCCUAUCCCAGUCCCACAAUCCACCUCCCUCAAGGACCUCUUUAGCCUGAAGGGCAAAGUCGUCAUCGUCACCGGAGCAUCCGGAGCGACCGGCAUUGGCACAGAAGCUGCCCGCGGCUGCGCCGAAAUGGGCGCCGACGUUGCCAUCACAUACUCGUCCCGUCCUCAGGGCGGUGAAAAGAACGCCACAGAGCUGAGCGAGAAAUAUGGCAUCAAGUCCAAGGCCUACAAGUGCAACGUCUCCGACUACGCCGAGGUCGAGAAGCUUGUGGCCGACGUUAUCAAGGACUUUGGCAAGGUCGACGUCUUCAUCGCCAACGCCGGCCGAACCGCCGACAACGGUAUCCUCGAUGCCCCCGUUGAGCAGUGGAACGAAGUCAUUUCCACCGAUCUGAACGGUGUCUACCACUGCGCUCGCGCCGUGGGCCUGCACUUCCGUGAACGCAAGACCGGCAGCUUCGUCAUCACCGCCUCCAUGUCCGGCCACAUUGCCAACUACCCUCAAGAACAGACAUCCUACAACGUCGCCAAAGCCGGCUGCAUCCACAUGGCUCGCUCCCUGGCCAACGAAUGGCGUGACUUUGCCCGCGUCAACUCCAUCUCCCCCGGCUACAUCGACACCGGUCUCUCCGACUUCGUGCCCCAAGACAUCCAGAACCUCUGGCACUCCAUGAUCCCUAUGGGCCGUGACGCCAAGGCCACCGAACUCAAGGGUGCUUUCGUCUACCUUGCCAGCGACGCCAGCUCUUACACCACUGGUGCGGAUAUCGUCAUUGACGGUGGUUACACCUCCCGAUAAAUGCCUCGCUCCAAGAAAAAAAAGGAAAGACUGGAAGCGUGAAAGCUAAGAGCUACCGCGAACAUACCUGAAGAGGUGGGAACAAUCAGUCUGCGUCCAAGCAUGAGGGUUGACCCAUCACUGGGUAUGCGGAGGAGAGGAGUUUUCGCGCAGAUCAGGCAAGGCUGAACCGCCCCUGAGAUAUGAAUAUACCACAGUUGCAAUGACCAAAUAAACAUGAAAACCCCAGCUAGACAAAAGUCAUUUUCACGGGCUGAAAUUGAAGUUCCUUAGACUCCGCUUCCUACAACAUCGACAUCUACAUCGUCAGAUGUGCAUCACGCGUCUGUUUCUGAUUCUGGCCCUGAGCGGCCCCUAUGAUGAACGUAGAGCAUACAGUAUAGCCUCCCUCCAUCCUUUGUUCGUCCCACCCAGAACAUUAUUAUGCGUGGUUUGUAUACUCCCUUGAUCUGGCCAUGUCGG